UGAGGUCGAGGGGUGAGAGCUGGCUCCUGGAGACCAAGGGGCAGGCCGUCACACCCAGCCUCCCACGCAGGCACGACCUUUCCCGCCUUUGAGAUGGACAUCUACAGGAACCUGGGCAGUGUUGACUUUCCACGCGCCGCGGACGGCGACCUGGCGGGCACUGUGCAUCCCAGGCUGCAGGACCGAGACUUUGAGCCAUUGAAGCCUGGUGAACCCAUCUUCAAACUGUUCAACGGUGAGGAUGUGCUGUAUAAGGGGGACUCCACCGUGUACCCUGUGUUUGUUAACGAGGCCGCCUAUUAUGAGAAGCACGUGGCUUUCUUGAAGUCAGAGAAGAUCAAGGUCUCUGUGCCCACCCUGCAAGCACUGACCUCCGUCUCCACCCCAGUUCCCUAACCCCAAGUCAUACCUGCUCUGCCUCAGUCUCCCCAUUUGAACAAUGGGUCAUAAGACAUUUCUGAGCCCAGGAGCCUCUGCUUCCUGCUGGGCAUGGUUUGCCUCACAAGGCCACCAACCCCAUGCUAUAAAGUGGAACAUGUCCAGGGAUCAUGAUUCCUGUCCUCUGUCCUGCAUGAACUCCCCCUCUGACUAGGCAGCCCGCCUGGCCCAUCCAUCUCCCUGCGGCUACAGCUGCCACACGGCCUCCUGGUAUCGAGCAGCAAGAUGAAAAGGUGUGAAGGAUAUGGGGGCACCAGGGACCAGCUGGCAGGCAAGAUGGAUGAGGGGGCAGUGGGCCACCAGCAUGUGCCUCUGGCAGGAAGGCAGACCAGCCAGGGAGGGUGCAGGGUAGCUUGUCUUGUGCUGUGUGUUUAUAAAUACCAGGCUGUGCAUCCUGUGUCUUAUCUGUGUGGCUGUAGAGAGCCUGUGUGUGUGCACGCAGGCCCCAUGUGUUGUCCUGUUGUGAGAUCAUGGGUGUUCAUGUAGACAUGUAAGUUACAAUGUCGCCUCAUGUGUGUGUGUGUUUCCCAUCACAUAGCUCAAAGUCAGGCACAUACAAGUCAGGAGACAAUAGAAUCCCAGGCUGGCCUGUGUCUGGGUGUCUGGGCUGAAGGGGAGCUGCUGAAAUUAGGAUAGAGUGCCUUAAACCCCUCCAUUUUCUCUCCCGCGGUUCACCUACCACACUGCUAAUCCUGUAGCAGGGUGGCAGGGCCACACUUCAUCAGAGGCCCCUGAGAGAUGCUGGUACCCUCUGUCUUGUAGAGAGCACCUCAGAGAUGAGUUUGCUGCCUUCCACACAGUGAAGUGUGGAUCUAUGCAGGGCAGGACCCCCCACCCCCAACCCUUUCUCUGUGUAACCCUCACAGCUUUAGGCUGGUCGCUGGGGCUAGGGGCAUUGAAUGAGUGGCAGGGAGAAACAGAACUGGCUGGCUUAUGCUACUCACAGAAAAGCCCCCUUCCAGCCAUGGGCCUGGGUCCUGUCCCUGUGUACCUCUGCAUGCCCCUGUCAGAGAACAGGGCCUCUGUCAACCUAGCCUUUCAGUACCAGACCCUGAGGAGACCUGGAUGUUCCCUCCCAGAAUAGGCUAAGUUGGGGUGGCUGAGUCAGGUGAACUACUCUGGGUCAUGUGGCACAGAUCACUGGCCAAGAGGCCCACUCAGCCAAGGAAGCAUUGGUUUCCGGGAUCCCCACACCUGACUAGUGACCAAACCUCCCUGAAUGCUAAGUCCCAAGGUAGGCAGGAUGGCCUGGGUGCCCGGUGAGUCUAGGGAGGGACCAGUGGAUAGAAUGGAUCAUUGAAAGAUCUCUGACGCAGGCCUGCCUCAGUCUCAAUUCACACCUUGAUGGAGAUGACAGGUGACCAUUAUUUGAGGGCACAGCCCCAUCUCAUAACCCAGCUCAGGCUAAGUCAUCCCAGGCAAAGAGAUUAUAUACGCAAGUCAGUUAGGAAAAUUGAGGCAUGGGGACUGGCAGUGUAGGGCAGUUCGUGGGGCUGAGCUGUCAGAAGGACUAAAUGUAUUACCCCCACAUCUCGGGCCCUUCCUGUGCCCACCCCUGUGUUUCCUGUUUUCCACCCUCUCCCAUUCCACACCAGUAGGCCAGGGUCUGUGACCUGGAGGGAGGGCAUCAACUCUGCACACAGCCUUCAUUUGUUGCCCCUCCUGCUGCCUCCCAUUCACCCCCUCCAUCCAGCCAGAUCCCGGCCCCUGUGGACACCAGCCUGUCCUCAAGAUGGCCCCCCACCCCCACCUGCACUGGGGCCCAUUGAUCAGGAAUAGCUGGGGGGGCUCUUGGCUGGAGAAGGGAGGGAGGGCCAGGAGAGGAGAGGGGGCUUUGUAACGUCACAACCUUCCCACCUGCCCCCCUCCACAUGCGCCCGCCCCUGGAACUAGACAAGCCCAGCUAGUGGCUGGGCCCCAGAUACAACAGCAGCCCCCCUCACAUCCCGGAGUCUGUGAGCUUUACCUGCAGAGAGAGGUGCCCAGCUUGGGAAGGAGCGCCUCCGCCACGGACGGACGUGGAGGGUGAUCAGAGAGGGAAGGACAGUCCCGACACUGGAAACUGUGCCUCCCUGAGAGCAAGGUGUGUGCUGAGCCCAGGAGCAGGCCUGGAGUGGCUGGCCCCCCUCCCAGAGUGGUAGGGGCCCGUGGGUGAGGCUGCAGCCCAACCCCAGCUGAGAUCCGGCUGUCCCCAUGGCAGUCUUCCUGUCUGCUGGCCUAGGAGUACUUGCGCCCCCAGAGACCUACCCCCUGCCUGCAGCCAGCUCCGGCUGGGCGUCUCGGCUGGAGACACUGUUCCCAUCAGGCCCUUGCACCAUCUCCACAGAAGCCCAAGCCAUGACUGAGUGCACUGGGCAGGGCCCCAAGAACCCACGAGUGUCCAGUGUGAUGGUCCAGCUGGAGAUGAAGCCCUUGUGGGAGGAAUUCAACCAGCUGGGCACAGAGAUGAUUGUCACCAAGGCGGGCAGGCGGAUGUUCCCCACCUUCCAGGUGAAGAUUCUGGGCAUGGACACGCUGGCCGAUUAUGCUCUGCUCAUGGACUUCAUCCCACUGGACAACAAGAGAUAUAGGUAUGCCUUCCACAGCUCUGCUUGGCUGGUGGCAGGCAAGGCUGAUCCUGCUACGCCGGGCAGAGUGCAUUUCCACCCUGACUCUCCAGCCAAGGGCGCCCAGUGGAUGCGUCAGAUCGUGUCCUUUGAUAAACUCAAGCUGACCAACAACUUGCUGGAUGACAACGGCCACAUCAUCCUCAACUCCAUGCACCGUUACCAGCCCCGUUUCCACGUGGUCUUCGUGGACCCACGAAAGGACAGUGCCCGCUAUGCCCAGGAAAACUUCAAAUCCUUUGUCUUCACAGAGACCCAGUUCACGGCUGUGACGGCCUAUCAGAACCAUCGGAUCACUCAGCUGAAAAUCGCCAGCAACCCUUUCGCCAAAGGCUUUAGAGAGAGUGACCAGGACUCUUGGCCUGUGGCCCCACGGCCACUGUUCAGCAUCCCAGCCCGGAGUCGGAGCAGUCUUGGACCCUGCCUAUUGAAGGGCUCUGCAGGGCAGGAGAAAGACACCAGUAAAGCUUCAGGUUCCAAGUCCAGGACCCCUGCCCAGCUGCACCUUCCGCUGCUGCCUGCCCCUGAGGCCCUGCUGGCCCCAGCCACCUACAGGCCGCUCCCCUACCAGGGCCUGUACUCUGCAUCUCCAAGCCACGUGGGGAUUCCAAGGGCACGACCAGCACCAUACCCCCUCCCCAACAUCCGGGCUGAUGGAGAUCAGGAGGCUCCAACCUUCCCAGCUGGGCUGGGCCUCUUGGCCCCCUCUGCUGUGUGCCUGGGGCCUGGCCAGGACGCUCAGUGACGCCAACUGUGGAAGCCCUCUUACCCUGGACCUCAGCCUCUGUGGGAAGCAACCCAUGCCCUACCUACCUCCUACCCUAGCCCUAC